UGUUUGUGUUAGCAUACAGUCAAAUCACAUUUAUCAUAGUUCACUUUUGUUUAAUAGAAAAAGAUUAUCAAUCAUUUGAUCAAAGUUUUAUAAAAGAUUUAGUUUUACUAAAUAUAAACAAUAUUGGACGAUAUCUACAAUUCCGUGCCAUAAAAUGUUUAAAAUGAUGAUUAUUUUGAGAGAUAAGAAUUGCAGAAUUAUUUUGUGGAUAUCUUUAACUGUGAAUGCAGAUUUGUUUGUCAGUUUUCUGAAAGAUAUCACGAUUUAGAUGUUUGUCUUUGAUUCCAUUUUAUGGGUGCCAUAAAUACUGAUAUACAUAUAUGAGUGAAAUGAAUAUAACAAUUUGAGAUUUCUGUCAACAUAGUUGAUCUAUUUCCCCGAUACUAAACUCAAAUGACAAGAUAUACAUACAGGCAUGAAAGGCAAUUUAAGUCUAAGACUUAUUUGGUGUUUUGCUUUAAUAUCACUCGAGAAAGUGUUAUCGAGGGCACAGAACCAUACUGUCUGCGGGAAUGUAACAUGCUCACUUAAUGCUAGAGGUUGUCUUUCAAACGGCGUGUGUAAUUGUUUAGUUGGAAGCUGGGGUGACGACUGUAAUAAAGACAGAGAUGAAUGCAGAGCUCACACACCACCAUGUGGCCACACAGGACAUUGUGUUAACACCCCUGGAAGUUAUAAAUGUACGUGUCUAAAAGGCUGGAACGGCGAACACUGUACGAACCGUAGUGCGUCUGUCAAUGUUGAAUGCAUGCCUGGCUGGACAGGAAACACGUGCGAUAAAGACAUUGAUGAAUGCCAAAAUGGAAGCUCUCUUUGUCCUGGUGUACAUAGACUUUGCUCUAACAAUCAAGGGAGUUACAAAUGUCUUUGUGAUGUUGGUUGGGAAGGUCAAUCCUGUUCACAAGAUAUAGACGAGUGCGUGAAACUCCCAUGUAAGAACCAAGGCACGUGCGUAAAUACACCCGGUUCAUACAACUGCAAUUGCGCAGCAGGAUGGGGCGGUAAAAACUGCAUAAAUGAUACGGAUGAAUGUUUGAAUACACCAUGUGCGAAUAAAGGAACCUGCAUUAAUGUUGCUGGUUCAUUUACUUGCACAUGCGCAACAGGAUGGCAAGGAUUUCUUUGCGAUAAGGAUAUUGAUGAAUGUCAAACUGUGUCUUGUAUGACAAAUGAAAGAUGUAUAAACAUGGAUGGUUCGUACUCCUGCAUAUGCAAUAAUGGAUGGCACGGACUUCAUUGUGUUGAUGAUGUUAAUGAAUGUUUGGUGGGCACGCCAUGUGGACCUAAUGGUGUAUGUAACAACACAAUAGGAUCAUUCAAAUGUCAAUGUAAACAAGGAUGGCAAGGUCCUAUGUGUGAUUCUACAAUAAACGGAAAAGACGAUCCAAUGGCAAUUGGAACAAUUGUAGGAAUUGUCGUAGGUUGCGCAAUAGCUGUAGGUGGACUAUUUGCACUGGCUUUUCUAAUACGAUAUAUGUGGCGAUUAAAUAGGGUUGAAGAAGACAAAAACGGCGUCGAAGUUAUUUCUGUUGAUCAUCAAGCAGAGACUAUGGUAGGUGAAGGUUCCGAAAACAACAGUCCCUCAACUGGUCAAACUGCUGCAAAUGGAAAGAGCAAUGUACAAGACAUUAUCAUGAAAACUAAAUUCUCGAUGAGAAAAGUUGUGUCAUAACUUGAACACGAAACUCUUUACAGUGUAUUUUUAUUUUUCAGUUAUAAACAUAGAAUGUGUAAAGAAAAACAGACAAGUUUCUAAUGUCAUUUUAACUUGUGAGUAAUAUUAUGUAUCCUCGGACUGGGAAACUUCUCCGACAUUGUACUUAUUUGUAUUGUUAAUGUGUAAUUAAUUUCUCACUGUGUACGUAUUUCUUUUGAUAUUUGCCUCAUUAUGUCUUGUUUAGCAUG